CAGACAAAUCAGCAAAAAUUCUAAAUCGGUGUGUGUUUUCAACAAAGCAACAGAUUUUCACAGUCAAAUGUACCGAUCAGCAGUUUAGGAGAAAAAUGCGUAAAACAUGGGUUAAACGAGACAACAUUUACUAUAAACCUUUCUACAAGCAAAAGCUCAAACUUACCUUGAUUGGCGUAAUUGCGAUGGGCAUCCUGUUUUUUAUAUAUCAGCUUGUGUACAUCAGUCAGUUGCUACCGCUGGAAUCGAUGCCAGCGGGACAGAAAACUCGCCCGUUAAAGGCAAAUAGUAAUGAUAAUCCCAUUACUUCGCUAGAACUGGCGGGACGAAAUGAUGCUGACCGCUCCGAGCAUGCACAUCGGAAACCACAUCAAGAUCAGGGAAGCGCCAUAAGAAAUGAGACGAACAAUAACAAAUCUAUCAUUUGGAACAACACACAGUUCGCGUACAUAGAGAAAAUAGGCAAUUAUGAACGAAAAAUUUUACGCGGCAUUCGACUGAUCGACCUAGAUCACUAUAAUGAAAAACCGGGAAUGUUAAAGUUCCGGUGUUUGAGCUCACACAAAGAAAUACCUUGGGAAUGGGUGAACGAUGACUAUUGUGACUGUCCGGAUGAUGGUAGCGAUGAGCCAAGUACAAGUGCGUGUCCACGAGGUCGUUUUUACUGCCGAUUCCAGAAACGACAUAAAACUGGUCGUGGAAAAGAUAUUUACGUGUCUAGUGGUUGGGUGAAUGAUGGCGUUUGUGAUUGCUGUGAUGGUUCCGACGAGUGGUUGACUCGAAUGAAGCCAAAGUCAGAUUGCCCGAACCUAUGUAAAACCGAUUAUUUUUUGUGAUUCUCAGUGUUCUAGAUCGCACUGUAGAUUCAUUCUCCAAUCUUAACUCCAAGAGGUAUCUGCAUCACCGAGGUUCCUGUUUAUAGUUAAUUAAAUUAGGCAGGUCUCACAUCAAACAAUAUACAUGGACAUGGAUUUGGAAAUUCUUUUCAGAAAAUGAAAUGUAGCGUUUAAAAAUGAUUAUUAGGACUUGGUAAUGAUCUACAUUGUUUCAUUGAAAGUGUUUAUGAACAUAAUAAA